GCGUAUCUCGAAUGUUUCAUCAGCAAAGAAAAUGCCAAGUCCCUGUUGGAGAUCGUCGACGAUUACUACCCGCGAGUUAACUAUCAUCUCAUCAAUCAUGACGGUUCAUUCGAUCGUAUGAACGGUGAGCAAACAACUCCGAUUGCUGUUACAUGGGGUGUUUUCCCUGGAUCGGAAAUCGCCCAACCGACAGUUGUGGAUCCCUUGGCGUUCCGUGCGUGGAAGGACGAAGCGUAUGAUGCAUGGAUCAAGAACUGGGCUACAUUACAAAGAUUCGGUAUCGCGCAACGUAUUCAAAAGAUUUCAUGA